CCGGGACUGCCUCUGAAGCAGGAGACACUGGGACCCAGGGUCCUUCCUCAGACUCUCAGGUCCAUCCUGCUGACUCCAGCCAGGGCUGAGGCUGGGACGUCUCUGCUAGUUCCUGUCUCCACUGUUGCUAACCUGACUCUACUGAACUGGACUGCUGGUGUACUCGUGAGGUGUUUGUGAGUGGAUCGAGCUGCCACUACUAUUCUGUGACCUGAACUGCCGAUUUCCAGACAGCAUAGGUGGGAGUUGCUCCAAGGAACCUUUCUAAACAGGGAACAGCAGUGCACACGCCCAUAUGAAGCGGUUUUCUCUGAGAUGCAAUGGUGGACCAGCUUCAAGGAACAUGGAAGUCUGUUUCUUGUGACAAUUUUGAAAACUACAUGAAGGAAUUGGGAGUAGGAAGAGCCAGCAGGAAACUGGGCUGUCUGGCAAAGCCCACUGUGACCAUCAGCACAGACGGAGAUCUGAUCACCAUUAAAACCAAAAGCAUCUUUAAAAACAAGGAGAUUUCCUUCAAGCUGGGAGAGGAGUUUGAGGAAACCACACCAAGUGGCCGCAAAAGCAAGAGUACAGUGAUCUUAGAUAAUGACUCCUUGGUUCAAGUCCAGGACUGGGAUGGCAAGGAAGCCACCAUCUGCAGGAGACUGGUAGAUGGGAAAAUGGUGGUGGAAAGUGCAGUGAAUAAUGUCACCUGUACCCGAACAUACCAGAGAGUUUAAGAACUCCAUCUCAAGGUCUCCAUGCUCUCAAAUUGUCAUCCAAACUAAUGAUGUUGUUCGAAUAAAACUCCCAAGUAAGAUCUAUGAAUGCUUGCACAAUAUCACCAUGUUAUUGGCUUAUUGAGUUAUGGCUGUGUGAUAGAGUCUAGCAUUGAUCCUGUGAGAGGGGAUAGACUCAUCGGCACAAUGCAUAGCUAACAUCAGAUCCUCAGAGAGCACCAACGCUCAGUUGCAUCCGCUCAAUAAGCAUAGUCAAUCUAUCCUAAUUAAAUGUAAUCUUGACUGCUUAGGGCAAAGUGUUAUGCUGGGGUUGAACACGAGAGACACAUUUAAAACUAAGGGACACUCCAAUUAAAUGUUCAACUCUGUUACAUAGAACUUUGCAAGUGCAGGCCCAUUGUGGAAAUCAGCCAUGAUGGAGUGCUUGCUGCUCUAUCCACAGCGGACCUCACAUUAGGCCUGGGGUUAUGUUCGUCACCUUGUGGAUCUGACACCUCACUUUGUAGACGAACUACAAAGGUCCCAAUCAGUUCAUUGUCCACUCUAAUCUUGGGAAAUUCAUAAGCUAAAGUUUGCACACAAAAAAAGUGUAAAAAAGUGUUUAUAACACCUGGACAGAAUGCUCUGAUGUCACUUUAGUGAAUUAAUUUUGUAAUUAGCGACAAGGGUUGCAUUAAAAUCAGUGACAGAGACUUUUAUCUGGGAAGAGAAGCAAAGGUACAAUUCUGCCUUCUCUUUUCAACACUCAAUGAAGUCAUCUUCCCACACCACAGCCUUGAUACAAUGUGUAGGACCUCGCUUAUGUCAAUAAUCAUUAUUUAGAAUACUUAAGUGACAUGGAAUUAUCUAAAGAAAUUAUACCAGCUCUUUAUAAUCCAGAUGGUUUUAUUUCUCCUUUUAGAUCAUAUUCUGCACGUUAGAUGCUCUCAACAUAUUAAUAGAAAAGACAGGAUAGAUACGGUCACGUCACGCAGACCUGUGAUACCUUCACGCCGGAAGCAGAAUUAUUGAGAAUAUAAGUCUAGGCUACAUAGCAAUACCUCAUCUCAUUAAACCAAGAAUAAAUAAAGAAACAAAUCAAUGGAUACAAAUUUAUGUAAAUAAUUUUAUUAAUGUUGAAUAUUUUCUAUCUAGUGGAUCCUUGAGAAAGUAAUGUCCUACUUGAAUAAUUGGGCUGGUAAUAGCCUGAAAUGAACAAUAAAUGUCAAGACAGAUGAUAGACUGUACUUAUCAAUUAGUCUGGCUCACAGUCUCAGAGGCAUCAGCCCAUGACUGAAUGGUUCUUUUUAUUUUAGGCCUGUGGCAAGGUAGGACAUUGAGGAAGGGCGUGUGCACUAAGCAAAGCUAUUACACUCAGGGGCAAAGGAGCAAAGAGAGAAAUGGGGAUUCGAGGGGCUCAAAUCCCUUGAAAAACAAGCCCCCAGUGACCUUAUGCCCUCCAGAUGGAUUCUAGUCCCACCCUUCCUAUCAGCUCUGCAGCCUGGAGACUGAUCCACCAUAAUCACAUGCGAAUUUGGGCCUAAUUCACAAUCCACACCUUAGCACGGAUUGGUUUUUGAGCUGUGCUUCAGCAAUAGUUACUGUAUUAGACAUUUUUUCUGAGUAGGUUCAUCUUGGUGAGACAUGUAUAAAGACAUAGACUAAAAGUCAGAGAGCUUAAAUACUUACUGUAAACACCCUCAGCUGAUCAGUACCAGGGCAGCUACAAACUAAGCUUGCAACCUGAACAUUCAUGUUCUUCAGUAGUGAUUCGAGAUGCUUCCCCCAAAAUAAAACUCAUAAUUAUUAGAGUU